AUGGGGCUCUUGCGGGACUCUGUUAGCUGCAUGGGUGGGCGAGAUUGGGGCUCGGGACUGUUGCAGGGUGGUCUCCGGGGUGAGGGCAGGCGGGGCAGCCGGGCCGGAGCUAGGCCCUUCAGGCCCCGGAUAAGCAUCGUCGAGUGCCCCUCGGCCACCUGGGGGGUACGGGGAAACAGGGAGUGGGUCGGGGGGCGCCUGUUGCCAGGCGGUGCACUAGGCGCCGGUGGUGGCGGGCAGCAGGGCUGCACAGCUGCCAGCGUCUCAGUGCUGGGCCCGAGCGCGCCGCCCGCGCUCCCGGCCCCGGCGGCCGGAUUUGCUCCGGCCUGCAGCGAGCGCCUUCGGGAGGAAAAAUCAUCGUUUCUUCUCUGGAGGGUGAACAUUUAUAGAAUUGAUUUCACGGAUCUGGCUGGUCUAAUUGAAGCCAAUGGAGAACUAAAGGUCUUUAUAGACCAGAAUCUUAGUCCUGGAAAAGGUGUGGUAUCGUUAGUAGCUGUUCAUCCUUCUACAGUAAAUACACUUGGAAAACAACUCCUGCCAAAAACCUUUGGACAGUCCAAUGUCAACAUUGCACAGCAAGUGGUAAUUGGUACACCUCAGAGACCUGCAGCGCCAAAUACUAUCCUGGUAGGAAGUCCACACACCCCUAACACACAUUUUGUAUCACAGAACCAGGCUUCAGACUCCUCACCUUGGUCUGCUGGGAAACGCAACAGAAAAGGAGAGAAGAAUGGCAAGGGUCUGAGGCAUUUCUCAAUGAAGGUUUGUGAGAAGGUUCAGAAGAAAGGAACCACUUCAUAUAACGAAGUGGCAGAUGAAUUGGUCGCGGAGUUCAGUGCUGCUGAUAACCAUAUUUUACCAAAUGAAUCAGCUUAUGACCAGAAGAAUAUAAGACGACGAGUCUACGAUGCCUUAAAUGUCUUAAUGGCCAUGAACAUUAUCUCUAAGGAAAAGAAAGAAAUCAAAUGGAUUGGUCUGCCUACUAACUCGGCUCAGGAAUGUCAGAAUUUAGAGGUAGAGAGACAGAGAAGACUUGAAAGAAUAAAACAGAAACAAUCUCAACUUCAAGAACUUAUUCUACAGCAAAUUGCCUUCAAGAAUCUGGUGCAGAGAAACCGUCAAGCAGAGCAGCAAGCCAACAGGCCACCUCCCUCCAACUCCGUCAUCCACCUACCGUUUAUCAUUGUGAACACCAGCAAGAAGACAGUGAUUGACUGCAGUAUUUCUAAUGACAAAUUUGAGUAUCUAUUUAAUUUUGACAACACGUUUGAAAUCCAUGAUGAUAUAGAAGUAUUAAAACGAAUGGGAAUGGCUUGUGGACUAGAAUCAGGAAGCUGUUCAGCCGAAGACCUUAAAAUGGCAAGAAGUUUGGUACCUAAAGCUCUGGAACCUUAUGUGACAGAAAUGGCUCAGGGAUCAAUCAGCGGUGUAUUUGUCACAUCAUCAGGUUCAACUUCAAAUGGCACAAGGCUUUCUGCCAGUGACUUAACCAAUGGAGCGGACGGGAUGUUGGCCACGAGCUCUAAUGGGUCUCAGUACAGUGGCUCCAGGGUGGAGACGCCAGUGUCUUAUGUUGGGGAAGAUGACGACGACGAUGAUGACUUUAAUGAAAAUGAUGAUGAAGACUGA